CCGUUACCAUAAGUAUUUCACACACUGCUCCCACAUUUCUCCAUCCACCUCUCGGUAUCAAACAUAAUAAUAAGUGUAAACAAGAAAAGAGGGGGUAUGGCCAGCAAUGUGGUCAACAUUAUUGGAUCUCUCAUCAUCUCUCUAAUGUGGAUGGUGGAGGCUAGAAUCCCAGGAGUGUACUCCGGUGGUGCUUGGCAAAGUGCUCAUGCCACAUUCUACGGAGGAUCUGAUGCUUCCGGCACCAUGGGGGGAGCAUGUGGGUAUGGGAACCUGUAUAGCCAAGGAUAUGGAGUGAACACGGCGGCGCUGAGCACGGCGCUCUUCAACAGCGGUCUAAGCUGCGGUGCCUGCUUUGAGAUCAAGUGUGCCAACGACAGGCAGUGGUGCCACUCCGGCAGCCCUUCCAUAUUCAUAACCGCAACAAACUUCUGUCCCCCAAACUACGCACUCCCAAGUGACAAUGGUGGUUGGUGCAACCCUCCCAGACCUCACUUCGAUCUUGCCAUGCCAAUGUUCCUCAAGAUCGCUGAGUACCGUGCCGGCAUCGUCCCCGUUGCCUAUCGCCGGGUGCCAUGUAGAAAGCAUGGUGGGAUCAGGUUCACAAUUAACGGAUUCCGUUACUUCAAUUUGGUUUUGAUCAGCAACGUCGCGGGUGCAGGGGAUAUAGUGAGGACGUACGUGAAGGGUUCAAGAACCGGGUGGAUGCCAAUGAGCAGGAACUGGGGCCAGAACUGGCAGUCAAACGCGGUCUUAGUGGGUCAAGCCUUGUCCUUCCGUGUCACCGCCAGUGACCGUCGCACCUCCACCUCUUGGAACAUUGCUCCCUCCAACUGGCAGUUCGGUCAAACUUUUACCGGAAAGAAUUUCCGGGUUUAACCUUAUUAAGUCACCCGCUAAUCACUCACACCCAAUCAUAAUUAUAUAUAGUGUUAUAUUUUUUUUACCCCAUCAUUAUCACUAUGAUUAUGAUUAUGCUCAUGAUUAUAUGAAAUGGACAAGGCUAUUAUUUU